AUGUGGUACUCACGACUCCAGAAUCUUCAUGCCAACUGGGCAUCACUUAUCCCGUUCCUCGUCGAUGCAUAUCUCACUUGGAAGGACUCAGCCAAAGCUUCCUGUGCUGCUGAAUACGACUUUACAAUACACACUGUCGACAUCUUCACAUUGGAGCGGUCUGCAUUAAUCUCACGCUCAGCUGACUGUCAUUCACCAUCCAUUGCGCUUAUUUUACAAGGCUACAUGGGUAAUACACCCCACUCCCCAUCAUAUGCUGUUUCUCUCCAGACUCUUGAGCAUCAUCAUUUACUGCAUCUUCGCAAGCCAUCCCUCAGUGUUGAGGCAUUUGCGAAGGUCAUAUGUGAUUCGUAUGGCAUACCUUAUGUUAGGACUUACCGCACUGUUCUAUCAUCGACAUUCGACAUAUAUAUUACCAUCUUAUGUGAAGUUGAGAAACACAUCAAAGCUGCCCUUCAACGUGACUUGCCUAACUGGCGUGUUUUGAAUGCCUGCCCUGCCUGCACCUACAUGCUGGAAGAUGAACCCCUGCUAAAAUUCAACCACAUGUAUGUCUUUGAUGAAGGAGGUAACUCUGCAAAGCGCAUGCUGACACUCGCCGAGCAACAAACAGGAGAUUUACGUUGCUUCGGAGAUAGUGACUACCUCCUUCCCCGCACUUUUGUUGACACAUUCACAGGUGAAGUUCAACCAAAAUCAUCAAUUCCUGAUGAAGACUCAGCUCCUGGUAUUGAUGACCGCCUUCCUGUAUCAAAUGACGCCUCUGAUUCUAUUGCUGCUGACUGUAGUAAAAAUUGGAAGGCAGCCGCCUCUGAUGAAAAGAAGAGGAUGUGGAGUAUAUUUGACGAGACUGGUAUUUUCAUCAGUGCAUGCCAUCAUGGCCUCAUCCUAUGGUAUGCAGAUAUGGUACAAAGUCGUGAGCUCGCCAAGUACCCUCUUGCCAUCAUUGCUAAAGUUCUCGAACUCCUCGGUGAAUGCUCACUUGGUGCCUACGACAUUGGUUGUGGCUUCUCAUCCAUGGUCAUGGCCAGUAGCCUGGGCCCUCUUUUUAAGAACAUGGACUGUUGUUUGUGCGUCGAUGCAUUUCACGGCUUUGCACAUAACUAUUGCUGUCAGACUAAGCACCAUCCACUUGGGAUUGAUGGUGCAGGUCUUGAAGACUUCGGAACUAUUGAACAUAUUUUUUCUGCGUCAAAUGCCCUCUCCCCUGUCAUUCAAUAUGCAAGCGCUUAUAAUCGGCACAUUUUUCUCGACAUGUUCUUCAAACAAUGGGAUGACGAGAAGUAUGCAAACCUUGCUAUGAUGAUCUACAACAACUACUGUCAAGCCCUUCAGAUCAUAUCGAAAGAAUUGGUAGCAUUAACGGAGGCUAUGGCAUCACUCGGGAUCACUGAAGAAGACUUCAAUCUGUGGCAUCAAGAAGAGGUUGAGUCUCAAUGCUCUGCUGGCUCGUAUGCUGCUGAAUUAUCUCAGACUCGCAAACUCGAAACACAAAGACAUUAUGCUUCUGAGAAGUUGGACACCAUUCAACUUGAAUUGGUUGCCAUGGAAGUUAAGAUGGGUAUUACCCACCGCUGGGAGCCAUCUUCGCCUGAAUAUCAGGCAACUAUCAAGUAUAUUUGCACUCGAGAGUAUCACCGUGCUUUGGACAAUCUUCAAUGUCUUGUAAUCCAACGUCUAUUCGAGCUUCAGUGUCUCAAUGUUGCACAAACUGCCUAUAAAAUGUACACGCAGAUAUCCAAGAACCUUCAGACUCAUUGUCAUGCAAUUCAAAGUGCCGUCAAGAAGUAUAACAAUGCAGCAUCAAAAUUACAGCCCCCCUGCCUACCACUUGAAUGGGCAAAGGUUUUGCAUUAUCAGUUCCUCGAUGAGUUCACGCUGUUGCGUGAGACUCGUCAGGAUAUCCAGGAUAAACCAUGGGCCAAACCAGCUAUUCGUGAGACUAUGCGCCAACACUUGCGUAUUCAACGGGCACAUGAAGAAGUUGUCUGUUGCAAUGUGGAGAUACGCAGGAUUCACACUGCUAUCAUAGAUGAAGACCGCCACUUCUCACACAUUCUAAAGGACCUUGAUGAUGCAGGGUCUCUAUUACUUGUUGCAGCACACGAUUUCUGUCAGAGGCGGCGUCUUGUUAAUGCCCAGGUUCUUAGAUGCGUUUUCCAGGUAUAUGCCCUUCAAGGGUUCACAGGAAUCCCAACCCAUGGCAUUAGAAAAUGUGCACCCACAACCGAUGUCAUCGAGCAAGAGUUUUCUCAGUUGACCGUCGGAGAAGAGGUAGAUGAAGAUGUCGAGGAUGAUUUUUUGGAGGAUGACACACGUGCAGACAUUGGAACCCUAGUAGAAUUUAUCUCAGACCUGCCAUGUAGCCAGCUGUAG